UUCUUUGGAGUAUAUUGUCUGGAUCAGUACGUUUAGUAAUUCUGCCCAAAGCAGUUGAAAAUCGAACAGUUAAAUAACCCAGUGCCUUCUAUUUGGAAUAUCGUUACCUCACGCUUUGCAAUGAACCAUCCAUUCGGGCCGAACGGUCCCUACUUUAGGCGUCCCUGUCAGCGGGACCGCUUCCCCAGCCUCGUGGACGAGGUGGGCGUGCGGGGUGACAGCCUAGUAUCCGGCUUGGGCAGCCUUCCGGACAUGGGCGCUCGCUUAAAGCGGGGUCGUGUGAAUCCUCGCGCGGCCGAGAAGCGAGCCGCCCAGGCAGCAAAGGACGCGAAUGUGCCGCCGGCCAGACUCUUUCUGCGCUCCACGUCACGGGGCCUGCGACGAGCCAUCGACAUCUACAUGCCACGCUUUGAGUCCGACGAGGUCGAAGCUUUAUCCGAGGGUGAGACAGAGUCGGUGGACAGCAUGGAACCUGCACCGCCAACCCCCCCAUUGGUGCGUAUGGUUGGGGGACAGCCUAACCAGCCGACCCCGGCGGCGCCACGCCAGGCGGAGGAGCCAAUGUACACCGGAUUCUGUCGACACUGUCGUCGUCUUGGCAGCGAUGAUCGCGAGAGCGAUAGACGCGCUCAUUUGAUGGCUCGUCGCAUCUUCCAGAACAUAGAUCUAUUGUAAGUGGACCUCGGACCCCGAACGUCACGAUCUCCGCCCCCCAGCUUAUCACGAAUCUUUUGGCAGAAAUGAGCACUUGUUGCGGCACUUCGUCCAGAUGGGAUUCGACAGAGACCGAAGUGCCUGCCCAAGUGAUCACCAGCUUUUAACAUCUGCAUCCAAUUACACUGAUCCGGGAGUUUAAAACAAACAAACUUUGGGGGCGGAAUUCUCACAAAUCAACGCAUCACACAUAUUUUCAAGUUGUGGCUUUCGGGGCAUUCAACAAAAAUGUCAACGAAGAUGACGGGCGCCAGAAGCGGGGAGUAGAAUGGUACUCUGUUCAAAUAGUGGAGGUUUCCUGGUCCCAAAUUAUGUAUUUUGGUCGGAAUCCGUGGCUAUAGCUUGAUUUGUGAAGCAGAAUUUUUAAAAUUGUUAAAAGAUUCCUUGGUACAUACAAAAAACACACAUACUAGAAACUGACAAUUCUGAAAAUACAAUAAAUUAUUUUUUAAAUAUCUUAUA